AUGUUGUCAUCUCUGUUCUCCUCCGCUCUCCGCGAGCCGGCUUUGGCCCCUGCCGCCUCAGGCUUUUGCCCCCCGCCCUCGGGGGGGCCGCCUCGCGUCCCUGAGACGACUCUGCUGUCAUUCCCCAGCAUCCAGGGUGAGCUGCAACUUUUCCUGUCUCCGUCUCUCCCGUGCACCUGCAUGUUCUGUGAACAGCCCCGGCCGGUGGGAGGUGCUGUGCUCAGUAACCGUGCUGCACCAGGAGAACCCAUGGCUGCUGGCCCUCCAUCUUCCCCCGCCGGCCGUAGGCCCGGGCUGCUGGAGCUGCUCGCUGUGGCCGUGCUGGUGCUGCUGGUCUUCGGGCCAGGACCAGCACUGGGUCAGCAAGUAUACACAAACACAUGGGCUGUCCACAUACCCGGAGGUCCAGAGGAAGCUGACAGAAUUGCCAGUAAACAUGGCUUCAUAAACCAUGGACAUAGGAAGUUUUGGAGCCGGGACGACCCGACAGGAGGGACUGAUUAA